AUGGCUCUCCAGAAGACCCUUCCAUUGCUUCUGCUCUUGCUGCUGACCCUGCUGGGGCUGGUGCAGCCCUCCUAUGGCCAGCUCAUGUACCAAAGAUUCCUGCGGCAACAUGUAGACUCUACAGGGAGAGGUGGCACCAACUUGUACUGCAAUACGAUGAUGCAAAUACGGGGGAUGACUUCGCGUGGUUGCAAGGAAUUCAACACCUUCAUCCAUGAAGACAUCGGGACCAUUAUUAGCAUCUGCAGCACCCCCAAUAUCCGGUGCAAGAAUGGCAAGAUGAACUGCCAUGAGGGUGUAGUAAGAGUCACAGAUUGCAAAUAUACAGGAAGUUCCAAGGCCCCCUACUGCUCAGACAGGGCGAUUAUGGGACUUUACCAGCCCCCCACGUGCAAUUAUCAGGCCACGGCCAGCACUAGGCGUGUGGUCAUUGCCUGUGAGGGUAAACCCCUGGUGCCUGUGCACUUGGACAGCUAG